UGCGAAGCCACGCCCAUCUCCGGAGUCUGCCGAGCAGCUCCGAGCUGUAGAAGUCGCUUCAUGUCUGAGGUGGAGGAAGCAGCAUCCCUGCCGGGGGACCCGAGCAUUCCCGGGGGUCUGUCCGAGACUCCGUGUGCGCCUCCACAAGAAAAUGGGAUUUCAGGCGAUGAGUCGUCUUUGGCUGAGCACGCAUUAAGAACACUUUCCUUGCAAGAAACCGAAAGGUCACCAUCAAGUUCUGAAGAAGCUGCUUCUGAAGACCGUUCUUCACAAUGCUCCAGUGUGGGGAAAACAGAAGACCUGAAAGAGUCCACCCUGGAAAAGAUUUUGGACACUCUCCAGUCUUUGGAAGACUCCGAGGCCCAUGAUGUACUUAUGAUCCAGUCAGAACAUUCGGGUGUUGUGGAUGUUGUCAAAGUGGAAAAGAAUGAGAAUCAUCACGAUGAUGGACGAGCUCCCCCAAUACCAUUAGCACCAGCAACCACUUGGACUAGUGCCAAUCUCCGAGAGUUUAAGAAUCGCAUGGCAAGUGAAAAACAAGGUCAGCUGACCAUUCGGCGGGGGGAGGUGGUGACUGUGCGUGUGCCAACACACCCUGAUGGGAAGCGACUCUGCUGGGAAUUUGCCACAGACGAUUAUGACAUUGGAUUUGGGAUUUACUUUGACUGGACCACUGUCACAAGCACAGCCGUGACCCUCCAGGUCAGCGAAUCCAGUGAUGAAGAGGAUGAGGAGGAGACAGAGAGCCCAUGGCAUAACCGUGAAGGUGAUGUGGAGCGUGGCUCUGUGUACCGGCUACGCAGUCGGUAUGGUGAAAUAAUGCAGGUGUAUCGCAGAGACAGUCAUCGGGAAGUGCAGGCGGGAAGCCACGAGUACCCCGGGGAAGGGAUUUAUUUGCUUAAAUUGGACAACUCCUAUUCACUUCUGCGAAACAAAACGCUUUACUUACACGUCUACUACAGCAGCUGAGAGCUUUUAUUUUUAUUUUAUUUUUAUAAUUAUAUUAUUGAUUUUGACCACUGAACUCUAUAGAGCUGUGUAUUUGUCUAUGCUACUGUUAUUGUGUGCAUGUACACACUGCCUUUCUCUGUCAUCUGGUAAUCCAUUUUUUUUUAUUUUUUUUUCAACUCAAACCAGUGGGCAGGUUAUCAAGAUGGCCCACCUUACAUAAUUUUAAUUGGGUGACAGAGAAUUUAAUGCACACAUAGCUUGUGUGCUCUGCUAUCAUGAAAUCAUUGUAUCCAUAAUUGGUAAACUUGUCACGGUACAAACAUUGCUUGUUUUAUGCCAGUAUGUUGUUACUGGUUAGAAGGGCCAUUGGUUGCUCUAGCACACAAGCGAUUAAAUCUGCUGUGGCAGCGGGUCACUAAAAGCGAUUCUGGUUUAUUUAGUGCUAUGCCACUGUGCCCGCUGCAUUUUUCACCAUAUGUUUACUGCAGUAAACACUAUACAUUGGUAGGCAACCUUUGCACUCCAGAUGUUGUAGACUACAUCCCCUUGGAUGCUUUACCAGCGUUAUGUAUGCAAAAGCAUUAUGGGAGAUGUAGUCCACAACAUCUGGAGUGCCAAAUGUUGCCCACCCCUGCACUAUAAAGUGGCAAUGUAAAUCUACAAUCCAUAAAUCCACUUGGAAAAAUAGAUUAUUGCAAUUGGAUUCUUUUCAUCUAUAUAAUCUAUAGUAGAUUUCAUUGGAAUUUUCACUGGAAGAGCUGUCAAUAUUUCAGUGGGUAGGUGGCCAUUUUGGAACACUUUUCAAACCUUCAUUGCCAGUUAACUGAUUAAAAAAUGUCUCAGAGAUCAUGUGACAUCCUCCGCCAAAUGGUCAUCUGACGCUUGCUCAGAUUCUGUGAUUUUUCAAACUAGCUUCCAGGCUUCCACUGUGGGAAACACUGAACGUCAAUCUAUCCCAUUGUGUCACAUGAUUAGAGGGUAAAAUGAAUCUGUAGGUCUGACUGAGACAAAUUAAAGAAGUGUUUGUCCUAGGGAUUUGCUUUAUUCAAGCAAAGAAUGCAGUACCUAGUCCUGUAAUUAGGCGUGCGUGAAAAUUGUCAGAAUUACACUUUAAAUAGCCAAAGUAUGUGUGUGUGUAAAAAAAACCUCACUCUCACUCUCU